GGCGCAGCAGUGUCGUGAAGCGUGCCGCCCCAGCAAAAAUGGCUGCGGAGUUGCACCCGCGCAGCGGAAAACUGAUCGGCCUGUCUAACUCGAACCGAACCGCUCAGCGCAACCAACCGGUCCAAGAAUUCAACCAUGGCUUGGUUCUAAGUCGAGAACCGCUAAGGGACCGUGAUGUCUUUACUGUCCGUAUCGACAAGAAGGUGAACUCGUGGAGCGGUUCCAUCGAGAUCGGGGUGACGGCGCUGGACCCGGCGGCCCUGGACUUCCCGAGCAGCGCCACGGGGCUGAAGGGCGGGUCCUGGAUCGUGUCGGGCUGCUCGGUGCUAAAGGACGGGCGCUCGGUGCUGGAGGAGUACGGCCGGGACCUGGACCAGCUGGGCGAGGGCGACCGCGUGGGCAUCCAGCGCAGCGGGCGCGGGGAGCUGCACCUGUGGGUGAACGGGCAGGACUGCGGCGCCGCGGCCAGCGGCCUGCCCGCCCGGCUCUGGGCCGUGGUGGACCUGUACGGGAAGUGCACGCAGGUCACGGUGGUCAGCUGUGAGCCACCGCCCCCCAGCUUCGAAGGGGAGGCCGAAGAGGAAGAGGAGGCGUCCGGCGUCCAGGACGAGAGCACGGCGGGGGCCGCGGCAGCCAUGAGCGCAGCCGCUGUGAACGGAGACGUGGAGGAAGUGGCUGAACUCCCUCGCAGUCAGAGCCGGCCAGACAAAUUCCCAAAUACCUUAGAGCCUGAAACGGUGCUGACAGAGCAUCAGCUUUUCGAUGUAUUCAACAACGCCAUAGUGAGCCUUUACCGCUCCGAAGAGGAGGGCGGAGGCGAAGGAGGGGGCGGAGGAGGAGGCGGGAUGUCUGAGGGGUCAAGGGGGGGCACGGGGAGCAGCAGCGGAGGGGUCGAUGGGAGUAGUGACAGUGGGGGUGGGGCUGGAGGCGGGGGCGGAGGCAGCACCAACAGCAGCCCCACCGGGGGCGGAGGGGGCAUACCUGGACUGGGGGCGGGGUUAGGCGGAGUGAUGACCAAUGACGCGCUGCUCUUCCACGAGAAGUGCGGCACGCUGAUCAAACUGAGCAACAACAACAAGACGGCGGAGAGGCGGAGACCCCUCGACGAGUUCAACAAUGGGGUGGUCAUGACCAACCGCCCACUGCGCCACAAUGAGAUGUUUGAGAUCCGCAUCGACAAGCUGGUGGAUAAGUGGUCUGGGUCAAUUGAGAUUGGAGUGACAACCCACAACCCUAAUAACCUGGACUACCCUGCAACUAUGACCAACCUACGCUCAGGCACAAUCAUGAUGAGCGGCUGUGGGAUUCUCACCAAUGGAAAGGGGACCCGCCGGGAGUACUGUGAGUUCAGCCUGGAUGAGCUGCAGGAGGGGGACCAUAUAGGCCUGAUGCGGAAGGCCAGCGGAGCUCUUCAUUUCUAUAUAAAUGGAAUUGACCAAGGAGUGGCAGCUGCCCAGACUCCAGGCGUUGUGUAUGGAGUCGUAGACCUCUACGGCAUGGCUGUGAAAGUCACUAUCGUCCACAACCACAACCACAGUGACAGGCUACGGCGGAACAAUGCCAUCAUGAGGGCGCUGUCCCCUGACGUUGGCCGCCCUCGCCCGUCCCUCUCCCUCACCCCUGACCCGGACGCCCUAGACCGCCUCCUCUUCCACCCAAACUGUGGCCAAAAGGCAGCCAUUAUUAGUGAUGGCAGGACUGCUCUGCGCCCACAUGCGACAGACGACUUUAACCACGGGGUGGUUCUGAGCAGCCGGCCGCUGCGCUCCAACGAGGUGUUCCAAGUGCGCAUCGACAAGAUGGUGGACAAGUGGGCGGGUUCCAUUGAGAUUGGCGUCACCACACACAACCCCGCCUACCUGCAGCUGCCUUCCACCAUGACCAACCUGCGCUCAGGUACCUGGAUGAUGACAGGUAAUGGAGUGAUGCACAACGGAACCACGAUACUUGAUGAGUACGGACACAACUUGGACAGGCUCAAGGCUGGGGAUACGGUGGGCGUGGUGCGGAAGGAGGACGGCAGCCUCCACUUCUUUGUGAACGGAGUGGCGCAGGGUCCCGCUGCCUGGAACGUGCCUCCCAGCGUCUACGCCGUGGUGGACCUGUACGGGCAGGCUGCCCAGGCCACCAUCAUGGAUGACAUGGCUGAUCUGCCCCCCCUACCUGAGGACAGCUCGGAAGGGCCCACGGCCAUGUCCCCUGGCAGCCCAUGUUCGGUGGGCGGGGGCAAUGGUGCCAACGACCUGCGCUUCCACCAGCUCCACGGCACCAACGCGGUCAUCACCAACGGGGGGCGCACUGCCCUGCGCCAGAACUGCCGCAGCGAGUUCAACGAUGCCAUCGUCAUUUCUAACAGGUGCCUGAGAGAUGGAGAGCUAUUUGAAAUUGUCAUUCAGAAGAUGGUGGAUCGUUGGUCAGGAUCAAUAGAGGCAGGGGUGACCGCAAUCAGGCCGGAGGAACUGGAGUUUCCCAACACAAUGACAGACAUUGACUAUGACACGUGGAUGCUGAGCGGGACGGCCAUCAUGCAGGACGGGAACACCAUGCGCAACAACUACGGCUGUGACCUGGACUCCCUGACCACGGGCUCUCGCAUCGGCAUGAUGCGUUCGGCCACCGGCGACCUGCACUACUACAUCAAUGGGGUGGACCAGGGUGUGGCUUGCACUGGGCUGCCACCAGGUAAAGAGGUGUACGCUGUGAUUGAUUUGUAUGGCCAGUGUGUCCAGGUGUCCAUCACCAGUGCCUCCGGGCCACUGGACAACAGCCUGUGUACCAGCAACAUCACAGAAAAGAGCUUUCCCAUCCACUCCCCAGUGGCAGGAGUGGCUCACCGCUUCCAUAGUAAGCACGGUAAGAAUGCGGUGCUGCUGCGGGAGGGCUGCCAGGCAGUGAGGGUGGGCGGAUAUGCUCACGGAAUCGUCUUCAGCGCCAAGGAGCUCAAGACCGAUGAGCUCUUUGAGGUGACGAUUGAUGAAGUGGAGGAGCAGUGGUCCGGCUCCCUCCACGUGGGGCUGACCACCCUGCAGCCCACAGACCUGCCGUCCUGCCCCAUGGGCGGCCUCUCGCCCUCUCUGCCCCAGCUGAGGACCAAGGUCACCUGGCUGCUGGCCGGGUCGGAGGUGCGACGCAACGGGGUGCUGCAGAGGCAGAACUACGGCUGCUCCCUGGACCGGCUGGCGGAGGGGAACCGUGUAGGGGUGAAGAGAUGCAGUGAUGACACCAUGCACAUCCUGAUCGACGGGGAGGACAUGGGGCCUGCUGCCACUGCUGUGGCCAAGAACGUGUUUGCGGUGCUGGACCUGUACGGCAGGGUGACGGCGGUGUCCAUCGUCAGCUCCACCGUGCUGGAGGACACGGAGAGCACCAAGGCUCCGUCGCUCUCCUCUGAGAGCUGCAGCGAGGGGGAGGACGACAGCACUCCGUGUGAGAACGAGGCUGCCUUGGUUCCUGCGGCCAUGACGUUCCUGGAGAAUCAUGGGAAGAACAUACAGCUGUCCAAUCAGAAUCUGACCGCUGCCCGGGUGUCCAGCUACAACCAAGGCCUGCUGGUCACAGCGCAGCCUCUCUCCCGACAGCAGCUGUUCCAGUUUCAGAUUGACCGUCUUAACCCGUCCUGGACGUCCUCCCUUUCUCUGGGUGUGAUUGGCCACUCCCCCGACCGCCUCAACUUCCCCUCCACGGCCUGCUGUCUGAAGCGCUCCGCCUGGCUGGUGCAGCGAGACUCCGUUUUCCACAAUUCUCUCAAGAUCUGUGAGAACUACGGGCCCAACCUGGACACCUGUCCCGAGGGCACGGUCCUGGGUCUGCUGGUGGACGGGAACAGCUGCCUGCACCUCUACGUCAACGGGAUGGACCAGGGCGUGGCAGCGCAGGACAUCCCCAGCCCCUGUUACCCCCUCAUUGACCUUUACGGCCAGUGUGAGCAGGUUACCAUAGUGACCAACGAUUUGCCAGCGGUGGGAAGGGAGAGUGGAGAAUCCCGUUGCCAGGGUGACAUGGAGAAGGCUGAUAUGGUUGAUGGGAUCAAAGAGAGCGUGUGCUGGACGCCGCCGCCGGAGGUGAACCCCAACAAGACCUGCGAGUACCAGGCACUCUGCUCCCGCUUCAAAGACCUGCUCACUCUGCCCGAUGGCUAUUUUAACGAAGACGCCAAGUACAACCUGUGUUACUGUGAGUCCUGCCACAAGCUGCGGGGGGACGAGGCGUACUACAAGCGCGGGGAGCCCCCCCGGGACUACGCCCUUCCUUUCGGCUGGUGCCGCUUUGCACUCAGGAUCAAGCCCCACUGUGAGGUGUCCAACGCGCUGAAGAAGUGGCACAUCGCCUAUCACGGCACCAGCGUGGGCCACCUGAGGCGCGUCCUGGAUCACAGCCAGCUCCUGUCAGGCACGUCGUCCAUCUUCUCGGUGGCACAGGUGAAGACGGAGAGCCAGAACGGCUACAGCGGGUCCGAGGAGAACAGCGCUCCCGACAGGGAGGUGCCAAGAAUACAGCUGUCUCCCACCAUGCGUUAUUCCGGACUGGAGACCUUCGCCCCCAAAGUGCAAUUCCGAGACCCCCGCUCGCACCGCUAUCACCAAGCGCAGGUAGGCUUCCAAGUGUGCGUUCGGCCGGGCUCCUACAAGGCCGGGCCCCAGACCCUGGGGCUGAGCGAGUCUCUGGACCCCCGCUUCAGCAACACCGAGAUCGAGUGGAUCACCAAGGAGAAGGGCGGCACUCUGCUGUACGGCCUCCUCAUCCGGGUGGAGUGAGGCUCGGGGGGCGGGGUCUGCUCAUGACCGCCCCCCCCCCCCCCCCCCACCCGGCAGCAGACAAAAAUUCCAAACUUCCCCCGCUCAUCCCCACCCCCAACAUCUGUGACUUUUUUGGAAUUAUCAGCCGGGGAUGGUGUUGAUAAACAAGCAUAGACUUCUCGGUUCUAUUUUGGUUGUUUUUGAAAACUGUUUUUGUGGGGAAGGUGGGGUGGUUUCAGACAGGAGAGACACUGCCUGCACUUUAUGUUUUGGACACAAGUGGGCGAUUUUUAAACUUCUCAUCAAUUUGAUACUCCAUUCACUGCACUUUUCACAUUUCUCUCUCUCUCUCACACACGCACACACACAUUCAUCUCCCACUUCUCUCUUCUCACUUCUGUCCUUCUCCUCUUCUAUUCUCUUCUCUUUGGGAACUCUGUUUCCAAAAACCUGUGAUCUUUUUUUACUUUCAUUCCCAGCCCUUAGUUUGUUCUCUUGGUCUUUUUUUUUCAUAACCGUACGACUCCCCGUUUUUUUGUUGGUCUUGUUUUGUGGUUGAGGGCAUGAUUGCUGUCCUCUGUGAGAGAGAGUCCGAGGGACGAACCCGUAGCCGGGGCAGUGCUGCUCUGGGCUUGCACACCAAACACUACCACCUCCUCCCACUCUCCGCUCAGCACCGUCUGGACUCUGUGCUUUUUAAGAACUCUCUGGGGAAGAAAAAAAACUUUCAAAUGGAAAAAAAAACUGUUGAAAGAUAACAAGAACAAACAAACAAAAAAAAAAAAGACUUGAAAAUGAAGUUCAAAUCAGGAGGAGACCUGAGAAUUACCACAGGGAGAGGAAGAGAACCCUGAACUGGAGAAAUGUUUACACUGACAUGUCCUGUAAAUGUACGUGGAUCCUCUCCACCUCUCCUCUCCCUCCUUCACUCCAGUCUGUCUUUUUUUUUUUUUUUUUUUUUUUUUUUUUUUUUGGUCGGGUUUUUUUUUUUUGUCUUGAUGCCAGUUUGCUGUCCCCACCCAUUUUAUCAAUGCUGAGCACGUUCACACAAACUGAAUCAUCUGCCUCUCUGAGAAAAAGGAUUUUUAGUGCUGCGUUUGCAGCAGGGCUAAUCAGCUUUCGUCCUGUAGGGUAGGUAAUUCAAUAGGGCCCCUCAGCGCUGGUUCUCAGAGGGCCGUGGUAGCUUAAGGCAAAUUCGGCUGUUGGUCCUGGAGGGCCAAAUUGUCUACGAGAAUCUCAGCUUCUGUAAGGACAGUAAUAUUUUUAGAUUACUACAACUUUCAGAACUGUGGAGAAAGUUCAAUUGGUGCAGCCUAGAUGAUGAUGAGACCAAACUGGCUGCCACAUGUAGCUUUCAUAUAGAGUGGAGAAGCUAGAAACCAAUGACGCUUAAUAGGAGCAUUUUUUCGAGCUGCAACCUCAGAGGGAUGAGAAGCAUGUCAAAUAGUUUUGAUAGCCUUUAGGUUCCUGAAAGGAUACCAUAAUCUUUUUGCAGCAUCGCAUACAUGCAGGCUCCAUCCUGAUGCACUGAAUCACAAUCAAGUGUUACCUUUCUAGUUUGGGCCCUCCUUUAGAAUAAGGGUUAAAGUUCAUUGUCUGUGUUUACCGCACUGCGGUUUGGUCUGGGCUCUCAAAGCGAGGGGGAGGGGGAGGGGGGAAUCCUCUCAGAAACGCUCAAAGAUGUUCCAGGAUCAGUUUGGAAACAGAUCUGUAGCAUUGCAAGAUGGAUUCCAGAAUCUCUGACCUUCAGUUUAUCCAACCUCUGCAUUCUGUUCGCUUGAAGGGAGAUUUGAGAGGCUUGCGACAAAUAUAGGUGCAACAAGAUAGACAGUCUUGUGUAGUAUUUCAGUAUUAUGGCCGUAUCACACCUCCUGUGUUCCUUAUGUUUACACUGUAGGCUUAUGCUUAAGCCAUUGCUUCCGCUAAACGUUUUGCUCAUUUGUCAUUGCUGCACAGUGAGAUGUGGCUCCAGCCAUUCAGUGGUGUGCCUAGGUGCUGACAUGCAAGGAAUAUAGGGAAAUGGAGUCUAUUAAAUUGUGGCCCUGAUAUGAGAGCUCACAAAGCAGAUAAAUUUUUUCUUAAACUUGAGUUCAGUUGUUCUUGUUCACUCAAAUGACAUUUACUGAUAACCAAUACUGACAAAGAGCUUAUCCCGUUCCAAAAGUAUCUGGAAUUUGAAUGACCCACCACUAUCUCCAAAGCAUAUCUUAAUUUAAAAACAGCACUUUUGUGUCUUUCAUUUUGUUUUUGUUGCCAAUUUGAUGUAUAUUGGUAUAUAUUUUCAUGUCAAAUCCCAUGAGUUUGCCAAUAGUUCCUGGGCAAUACCGUUUUCAUCUCAGUCAUGGAGAAGUUGGGUUGUCUGGGUAAUGGAGUUACAUUAGUUGCCUCAAACAGAAUGUGUGCUCUAAUUUAUUGGGGGGGGAGGGGGGGAAAGAGAUAAAAGUGCUUGCAAUGUCCAAUUAAAAUGUGAAAAAGUGGGUUGUUGAUGCCCAGUGCUGCUUUUUUAAAGAAUUAAUUUGUAUUAUUUGUUUUUAUUUUGUUUUUUGUUUCUCUUAUGUUGUACAGACUGUUACAUAACAUAAAUCAUAUCUUCCUGAUUUGUAAAGAACAAAUAGAAAGUAUGCACAUUGUAUGAAAUUAAGUAGUCUGGUCUGGUUUUUAGCUGUCUGUCGUGCUAAUGUGUUACGUCUUGUCUUUGUCCGUUUAAUUCUGUAUAAUUUGUUUUCCAUGCUCAACAAAUAUAAAUUUUGUAUGUCCUCUAAACCAA